GGUGAUUGGAGGAGCAGGAAAAAAAAGAAAAAGAAAAAGAAAAGGUAACUAAUGAGAGAGAGAGGGGGUCAAAGGGGGUGGGGGAAAAGGGGGAUGAAUCAUUACUCUUUCGAUAAUUAAUUUGAGACCUGUGGUAGACCUUACAAAUCCAAACAUCACUGUCUAAUCUACAAAGUGGAUUGCUGAGAAUUUUUGUUUAUUAAUUGGAUUAAAUGAGCUCUAUCAUCUCUAUCUGCAAACAAAUUUUAUUUGUUUAAAGCAUAACUAAUAUGAGUAGGAGGAUUUUAAUUAAUUUGAGUGUAAUUUACUUAUUUGCGAGAUUAUAAGGAUCUAACCUGGCAUUACAGGAGUUUUAUCUACCUAUAUAAAUCGUGCAAGCCCAUUCCAAGCUUUUCACACAAAUCCCAUCUAAAAAAAUUACAAAAGAAAGAAAAAGCUUUUCACACGAAAGCUCAAAAAUGGUCUCACUAGGCUAUUUCGAAAUCCUCUUAGCAUUCAUCUUCUUCAUUAUCUUGUAUAUCUUUGGUGACAACAAUGACUUGCCCCGGAACUGGCCGGUUCUUGGCAUGUUGCCGAGCAUGCUCCGCCAUGUGAACCGGGUUCAUGAAAUGUGUACCGAAAUCCUAGGGCGAACUGGGGGUACUUUUUUGCUAAAAGGCCCUUGGUUUGCUAAUAUGGACAUGCUAGGCACAGUUGAUCCUGCUAACGUGCACCAUGUCAUGAGUUCCAAUUUCCCUAAUUUCCCUAAAGGACCCGAGUUCUUGAAAAUGUUUGAUGUUUUGGGAGAUGGGAUUUUCAACUCCGACGCAGAACUGUGGAAGAAUCAGAGAAAGCUCGCCCGCGUGUUGAUCAACCACCAGCGAUUCUAUCGGUUUUUAGUCAAGACUAGUCGGGGAAAAGUGGAGACAGGGUUGAUCCUGGUUCUUAACCAUGUGUCCGAACAAGGCCUGAUUGUGGACUUGCAAGAUUUAUUUCAAAGGUUCACAUUUGAUACUACUUGUAUUUUGAUAACUAGUUAUGACCCGGGUUGUCUUUCAAUUGAAUUUCCAGAUGUGCCCUUUGCGAAAGCCAUGGAUGACGCCGAAGAAGCCUUGCUUAUGAGGCACGUUGUGCCUGAAACCGUGUGGAGGAUCCAAAGUUGGCUAGGGAUCGGACACGAGAAGAAAUUAAGCGAAGCUUGGAAAACCUUAGAUCGCGUUAUCAAUAAAUAUGUAUCGAUGAAGAGAGAAGAAAUGAGCAAAAAAGCCGAGUUAAAAGAGGGAGAAGAAGAAGAAGAAGAAGAAGCUGUGGACUUACUAACAUCAUACUUGAUUGAAGAUGACACCUUCAAUUUAAAGCGCGAUGAUAAGUUCUUGAGGGACACUGUUUUGAAUCUUAUGCUUGCAGGGCGAGACACGACUAGUUCGGCUCUGACAUGGUUUAUUUGGCUUGUUUCGCAGCAUCCAACCGUUGAAGAAAAGAUCAGAGAAGAGCUUAAAUCGGUUAUACCUGAAGGAGAAACUGAGAAAUGGCGGCUUUUUGAGGCAAAAGAGCUAAGCAAGUUGGUUUAUUUGCAUGCUGCAUUGUGUGAGUCAUUGAGGCUUUACCCACCAGUUCCAAUCCAACACAAAGAGCCCACUCACGUGGACACACUGCCCACGGGGCACCGUGUUCACCCGAAAAUGAAAAUACUUUUCUCUUUGUAUGCGAUGGGGAGGAUGGAAUUUGUGUGGGGAGAGGAUUGCUUGGAGUUCAAGCCAGAGCGAUGGAUAUCUGACCGAGGAACAAUCAAACAUGAGCCAUCUUACAAGUUCUUCGCGUUCAAUGCGGGACCGAGGACUUGUUUGGGGAAAGAAGUUGCUUUCACUCAAAUGAAGGCGGUUUCGGCUGCAAUAAUCCAUAACUACAAUGUUAGAGUUGUGGAAGGUCACCCCGUGGUUCCUAAUGCUUCUAUCAUUCUCUACAUGAAGCAUGGAUUGAAGGUUAGAGUUGCCAAUAGAUGGAUUUGAGAGGAGUACUUGGUUUGAUGAUGUUAUGAAGUGAUUUUUAGUUGGGUUGUGUGUUUAAGUUGAUGAUAUAUGUAUUUGAGUUUUGUUAUAAGUCUAUUAUGUAUUAAGGAAGUGUGUGUGUGUGUGUGUGUGUUAGAUUUGUUGUUUUUUCCCUUUGAUAUGUCACAUUUUGAAGGAGAAAAAUACAAACUCGCACUUCUCUGUCUUGUUUCUUA